GAGAGAGAGAGCGAUCUACUUUCCAUUUUAUACUCCACUCUCUGGAAGGUAAAACAGAUCAAACCGGUUUACUUGGCAGUGCCACUUUUGUAACUAAAGUUUGCUGGAUGCCACACAAAUGAUGGAGGGAAAGAGAUCAGACUCCCCAAAACCCAGCUGUGUGUCCAUGAAGAGUGAAGAGUCAAUGGAUCGUCCAUUUGAGUUCCGAGACGGAGACAGUUCUGCUGUUAAGAGAAUGAUGAAGAGAAAGAGAUCAGACUCCCCAAAACCCAGCUGUGUGUCCAUGAAGAGUGAAGAGUCAAUGGAUCGUCCAUUUGAGUUCCGAGACGGAGACAGUUCUGCUGUUAAGAGACCACAAAGGAAGAAAUCAAAGAGAAAUCAGUUGGAUUCCAUAUUCAAGGAGCUGGAACACAAAGUCAUCACACUGAUAAAGAAUGAGCUGAAGAGGUUUAGGAAGCGCCUGAGUCCAGAUUACCCAGCAUGCACUGAGAGGGAGGUGGAGGAUGAGGAGGAUCUGCAGAGUGUCAGAGAGGGAGCACUGAAGAUCACACUGCACGUCCUGAAGAACAUGAACCACACAGAUCUCGCUAACACACUGCACGACAAACUGCACCAGCAAACAUUAAAAUCCAAUUUGAGAGAGAAAUGUAAAAGAAUUAAUGAAGGAAUCUCACAACCUGGAAGCUCAGCACUUCUGAAUGAGAUCUACACGGAGCUCUACAUCACAGAGGGUUGGAGUGGAGACGUCAAUAAUGAACAUGAGGUGAGACAGAUUGAGACAGCGUCCAGGAGACCAGCAACACAGGAGACACCCAUCAAAUGUAAUGACCUCUUUAAAGACAAGUCCAUCAGAACUGUGCUGACUAAAGGAGUUGCUGGAAUUGGAAAAACAGUCUCUGUGCAGAAGUUCAUUCUGGACUGGGCUGAAGGAAAAGCAAAUCAGGACGUCACCUUCAUGUUUCCACUUCCCUUUAGAGAGCUGAACCUGAUGAAGCAGAAAACUCUCAGUCUGAUGAAUCUUCUUCAUUACUUUUUCCCAGAAAUGAGAAAACUAGAAUUAAUAGACUGCAAGUCCUACAAAGUGAUGUUCAUCUUUGAUGGCCUGGAUGAGUGUCGACUUCCUCUAAAUUUCCAGAACAAUGAGAGACUGUGUAAUGUGACAGAGUCAGCCUCAGUGGAUGUGCUGCUGACAAACCUCAUCAAGGGGAAUCUGCUUCCCUCUGCUCUCCUCUGGAUAACCUCUCGACCAGGAGCAGUCAAUCAGAUCCCUCCUGAGAGUGUAGACCUGGUAACAGAGGCACGAGGGUUCAUUGAUCCUCAGAAAGAGGAGUACUUCAGGAAGAGGAUCAGUGAUCAGAAGCUGGCCAAUAAAAUCGUCACACACAUGAAGUCAUCAAGAAGCCUCUACAUCAUGUGCCACAUCCCAGUCUUCUGCUGGAUCUCAGCCACUGUUCUAGAGAGAAUGUUGGGUGAAGCAGAGAGUGGAGAGAUCCCCAAGACUCUGACCCAAAUGUUCACACACUUCCUGAUCUUUCAGAUCAAACACAAGGACCAAAAGUACCAUCAGAAAUGUGACCCUGAUCCUCAGCAGACCAGAGAGAGUAUCCUGGCACUGGGAAAACUGGCUUUCCAACAGCUGGAGAAAGGAAACCUGAUCUUCUAUGAGGAAGACCUGAGAGAGUGUGGUAUUGAUGUCAGAGAAGUGUCAGUGUACUCAGGAGUGUGUACCCAGAUCUUCAGAGAGGAGUUUGGGCUUCACCUGGGGAAGGUGUUCAGCUUUGUACAUCUGAGUGUUCAGGAAUUUCUGGCUUCUUUAUAUGCAUUUCUGUCCUUCAUCAGCAGAAGUGUGACAGAACAAACCACUGAUCUGUCUGAUCUUUUCAGCAAGUCACACAUGUCUGAUUUCCUCAGGAGUGCAGUGGACAAGGCCUUACAGAGUAAGAAUGGACACCUGGACCUGUUCCUCCGCUUCCUUCUGGGUCUCUCCCUGGAGUCCAAUCAGGCUCUCCUCCAAGGCUUAAUGCCACAGACAGGAAGCAGCUCUCACAACAAACAGGAAACAGUGAAGUACAUCAAGGAGAAGAUCAGGGAGAAUCCAUCUCCAGAGAAAUCCAUCAAUCUGUUCCACUGUCUGAAUGAACUGAAUGAUCGUUCUCUAGUGCAGGAAGUACAAACUUACCUGAACAGAGAAUAUUAUUGUAGUCUCAGUGGAACCAGCCUCUCUCCUGCUCAGUGGUCAGCUUUUGUGUUUGUGAUACUGAACUCAGAACAGCUGCUGGAUGAGUUUAAUUUGCGUAAAUAUGAUCCAUCAGAUGAAUGUCUUCUGAGGCUGCUGCCAGUGGUCAAAACCUCCAGAAAAGCUGAGCUGUGUGUGUGUAAUCUGACAGAGGAAAGCUGUAGAGGUCUGUCCUCAGCUCUCAGCUCAAACUUCUCCAGUCUGAGAGAACUGGACCUGAGUUACAAUAAACUGCAGGAUUCAGGAGUGACGCUGCUCUCUGCUGGACUGGAGAAUCCACACUGUACACUGGAGAAACUGGAACUACGUGGGUGUGAUCUGACAGAGGAAAGCUGUAGAGUUCUUUCCUCAGUUCUCAGCUCAAACUCCUCCAGUCUGAGAAAACUGGACCUGAGUUACAAUAAACUGCAGGAUUCAGGAGUGAAGCUGCUCUCUGCUGGACUGGAGAAUCCACACUGUACACUGGAGAUACUGAGGCUGAGUGGGUGUAAUCUGACAGAGGAAAGCUGUAGAGUUCUGUCCUCAGUUCUCACCUCGAACUCUUCCAGUCUGAGAGAACUGAACCUGUGUGACAAUAACCUGCAGGAUUCAGGAGUGAAGCUGCUCUCUGCUGGACUGGAGAAUCCACACUGUACACUGGAGAUACUUCGGCUGAGUUCCUGCCGUAUUACAGUUGAAGGUUGUGUUGCUCUGGCUUCAGCUCUGAGGUCAAACUCAUCACACCUGAGAGAACUGAGUCUGUACGGAAAUAAAACAGGAGAAUCAGGACUGAAACUGCUCAGUGAUCUAUUGGAGAAUCCACACAGUAAACUGGAUAAACUACGCUUUUAGUCAUACUACCUCACCAGGACUGAUGUAUGAUGCAUUUUGGCUCAACAUGGAAUCCUUCAGUUUGUUGUAACAUGAAAGUUAUACAUUUGAUUCUCUAUCACAGAACUGAUAUUUAAUGCUGAUUUAAUCCUUUUUUCCUCAAAUAUAGUUUUCAAAACUUUGUUUGUUGUAUGUUAAUCUGUGAUAGAGAUUAUGUUGGUCAUUAUGUUAACAACUCUGUUCCCUGAUUUGUUGUCAUGGUGUUAAAUGACCUCACCUCUGACACUUGGGUCCAGACCAGUAGGUUUCUUCUGCCAGACAAAAACCUGAUAUUUCUUUGUGGAAAAAUGCAGAACUGGCACCUUAUUGAUUCUAUAUUAAAAUGUGUUAUUGGGUCUUUACUGUCCAAAUCUCAGCUCACAUCACUGAGCACUCUCCCCAUGACUUCACUUCCUGUACAUGGGACUGUAACAAACACCUUAAGCUAAACAAUCUAGAACCAGCUGGAAUGUUAUGAUAUCAGAUUGAUCACAGAAAGUCUCAGAAGAACAGAAGUGUGAAAUAAAACUGUCUUACUUCCUGCUAAUAAUCAUUAUGGUGAUGUUAAGAGAUUGAUAAUGUUCAUCUCUGGUUAUCAGUUCACAGUUAUUCUGUAAGCCCACACUAGCUUCUUACACUAAACAUGCAUAUGAGUGUAACUAAGCUCUUGAGAUAAAACAAGUGAAAUAGCUAUACUAUAAAGUCACAUCUUUUGUGCUGUAUUUUCAUAUAAUCUAUGUAACUGCAUCUAACUUUAACAUAUUUAGAUUAUUUUAAAUGAAGAAUGUACAUGCACUUUAUAUAUACCUGUGAUUUAAUAUAAUUUUGUUAACAUGUUGAUAUAUUCAUCUACAGCGUGUGUAGCACAAAAUAAACAAAACACAAAAAUAAAUAAAACACUAAAACACAAGA